AUGAUAAAGUUUAAGUCUGGAAAAUGCAUGCUCACGUGUGUUGGUUCUGCGAUACUCUUGCUUACGGCCAUUUAUCCUUGGAUCCAAGAUCAUGAAGAUGUUGAGUGGACGGCUCCUUCGUUUUCUACUAAUUCUCCUUCGAAUAUCUCAGAUGCAGGUAAGCCACUUAAUAAAAAGGAAUAAACACUGCACGAAAAAUUGGAUUUACACAAAUCUACUCCGUGCAAAUAUAUGUUGCAAAAAAGUGCAAACUAGGGGGAAAUUAAAAGCAAAGAUGGAUGGUAAAUACCGCAUUUGCUUUCCAGUUUACCAUCUUUGCUCUUUAUUUAACCUUAGUUUGAAUUUUUUUGCACCAAAUUUACACUGAGUAAAUUUGGUGUAAAUCCAAUUUUUCGUGCAGUGGAAACGACACAAAACAAACUACAAACGCAGUAUUUACGAAGGAUCGGGCUUUAAAAAUUUCAUCGGAUUGUAAUUAAUUGCCACUAAUUAAUGACAAUUAUUAUUAUUCAUUCAUAAUAUUUCCCCAAUUCUGAUUGGCUAAAAGCAAACGCAUAAAUCACCAUAACCAGUUACUGAUGACCAAAUUUGAAAGAAUUUUGUGUUUAACGAGGAAAUGACGUCAAAAAUGCAGCCCACUACAGGUUAAGGCACCGUUACCGAGAAGACCUGGGGACGAGGUUGAGUUGUUUUGGUUGUGAAAAAAAAAAUGGCGGACAUCGAAGGCCUUGGUGGAUAACACCCUCCUCGAUCUGCUUAAUUCUUCAUAUCCUACUCAGCCUAAUUCAUUAAUUGCUAAUUUAUUUAUUUGUUUACACCACUCAAAAUUUCUAUUAUUCUCCCAAACAUCACAUGUAACCUUUCGGUCUGCUCAGUAACAUUGAACCAUAACUGCAUUCCUGGAAGCCUUCCAGAUAAUGAACUCAAGCUUUAUGAGCUUUACGAAGGAGUGGAAACCUUCCUUAUGUUCAUUGGAUAUCCGAGAAGUUCGCACAGCCUUAUGGGAGCAAUCUUGGACGCACAUCCACACAUAGUAAUUCCACAUGAAUAUCACAUAGUUAAUCGAUGGAGUAUUUACCAGGACGAAGCACUUAUAAAUACUGGCAUGCAAAAAUACCUUCUCUUCUAUAAUCUUCACUCACUUUCAACUUGGCAAGCCGUUUUUGGCAAUCGAGCAAAGAAACCUGUUUUCCUUGAUGAUGGAAUCUAUUCUUACAAUGUACCAGGUGCAUGGCAGGGAACUUUCAGCGGCAAAAUUAAAGUAAGCACAAAUGCUUUUAUUUUUUACCUUUUUUCCAGUUUUGAUAAAAAGUCUUGUUUUUAUAAGUUACGAAAUAUCAUUAACUAGAGGUAUUUUCAAGACAUACAAAAAAAAAACCCGCGUGUAAGAGCCAAGUGGUUCAAGAACCAUCUGGCGAAAAAUUGAUUCCAAAAAAUAUAAGAACCUGUUAAGCCAAGCAAGAUAAACAGAUUCUUAUGUGUCGAUUAUUUAUUUAUUUUAUUUCGUUUUGUAUUAUAAAGCUCUUGCUGUAGAGAUAACGCCUGAAAUAGAUUCUGUAUCAGUUUAGUUGGCUUAUUUUAUACAAUGCAGCUGAUGAAUAAUGAAUACGCUAUGUUUGAUGACCAAACCCAAAUCUCUCUCUUUUUCUAGUAAUCAACAACUAUAUCACCUUGUUCAUAGAAAUUAAUUCUACUUUAAAGCCUUAAUUGCCAAUAACUACACCAAAAUACAAGAACCUAUAUUUUUGUGCAGUCUUCAAAAAAUGUAGGUUUGACUACACGUGGAUUUGACUGAAACGUACAAUUAAUGAAAUAGUUUAAUUACUUUAGGUUAUUGGUGACAAAAAAGGAGGUGGAACUACCAUGGAACUAUUUGAAAAACCGCACAAGUUUCAUACUCUAAAAGAAAUCAACAAAACCGUUGGGAUUCCCAUGAAGUUCAUUCACGUUGUAAGAAAUCCUUUUGAUGUUAUCUCGACUUGGGUUCUGAGACUUUUUAAUUCAAGACUUCGAGUCAACGAUGGAAUAACUAAGGUAAAAGAGAAACGUUUGAUAGCAAUCAAGAGAGGAUAGAACAUAAGCUAGUGGAUUUCAUAUAGUAUAGGCCUUAGCUUAUAACUCUACAGAUAAAUUUCUCAUGGAUUAUUUGAGAUCAAUUAAGAUUCACGUUUUAAAACCUGAAAGCAGCUGAUCAUAGAGUAAUUAAUCUGUUACUAUCUGCCGUUGAUUUCAGAAAAAAAAGGUACCUUCCUUACAUAAUUCCAGCCGGUUAUAGCUUCUGAACUGGCUGCACAACAUGCAGCAAACAUCAAGGUCAAAGGUCACUGUAAGUUUGUUGGUCUCUCUUUUCCUGCUACAACGGAGGCCAAAAAUCCUGCAAAAAUCCAAUUGCAGUUAUUGAAAACCUUCCUUUAAAUAGCGGCAAAAGAUCAAAUAUGCAAAGAACGUAACAUAGUAUCCACCUUUGCAAUAGUUCGGAUGCAUCUAACGGCCCUACCCUCCCCCUUCAAGCUAUGUUGGGAUAGACAAACACUUUUCAGGACCGGGUAAAGUGGACAGGGUGUGCAAAAUACAACAUUGCUUGGGGGUAAGGAAGGAAGGGAGACAGUUUAAGUCGUAUCGUGUUAAGUGCCCCACGACGUUUGACCUCCAUUACAGGGGGGAUCUCUCAGAAGGAUUAUAUGACCUGCCCGGUUGUUCAAACAUUGGAUAGCGCUCAUUAUCAAUCGGAUAAUUAUUAGGGAAACGCGCUACCCACUGAAUAGGAAUUUAUCUGGUGAAUAUAAUAGCGGUAUCCUCCUUUGAAAAACUGGGGCCAGAUCUCAUUCCUUCCUUUCGGCCGUAAGAGACCUUUGCUAGCGCUGAGGGGAAAUCCUCCUUCUUAUCAACUUUCAUUUUGGGAAGUUGAGCUAUUUUCUCUUUUUUCUAUGAAUUAGAUCAACAAACCUCAGGCUCUGGACAAGUUCAUUACCUCAUACUUCCAGUUAACUGACACCAAUGAGAGAAUCAAGCAACUUUACGGAAAUGCUGUUUUAGAUGUCGUGAGCGACGAGCUGUUGUUUAAGCCAAUGGAAACCUUGCAAACGAUAUGCGGUUUCCUUAGCGUUUCGUGUGAAGAACACUACCUUGCUCAAGUGGAAAGGAUACUCUAUAAGAAGCCUUCUGAUACAAGAAACACAGUUGUAUGGACUAAGGAGCAGAAAGACAGAGUUCACACGGAAAUGCAGAAAUAUUCUUUUUUGCGUCAAUUUACCUUUGACUGA